AAACGGCAAAGAGAAAAUAAUGUUCCAUUUACCGAGGUCCACCAGCCCUGAAAAUAUUUGGACUUUUUUAAGACACCCUGUAUAAUUUAAUCGCUGGUGUAAAUAAAUGUCAUCGAAUGACAAAUAACCUUGAAACUCUAUCAGUUCCUUUAGAACCAGUCAAAAAUAGUUUGGUUUGGAGCCAAAGAAAUGUCUGAUCCCACGAGACGUCCACUGAAUUUCCCAAACUGGCACAUACCCUACUUAGAAAAGCACCGAAUUCUGGAACUCUUCCACGAAAUAGCCAGGGAGAUGGUCAUCCAGAAACCCGACGAUCACGUUCUGUUCAUGAAACAAAUUCUCCAGACCGCUGCUGCUUCCAGAGACGUGUCCAGGGUCAUCCUGAUCAGCUCCAGCAAAAUAAACAGGAUCAAUUUAGCGGAACAAAUGUCCAAAUUAACCCGGCAAAUAGUGAUCACUUCGCACGACUUGGAGCACAUGAUGUCGACGAAGUCCAAAUUAAGCGGAGAUGAGAUUGGGAAGAUUUUGACUUAUAUGGUGAGAACCCAGAGCGUUGCUAACUGUGGGUACAUCAUAGCUGAUUGUAUCAACACCGAAGAAGAAGCUAAAAGUUUACUACAGUACGGUGUUCUUCCCACUCACGUCAUUCAUGUCGUACCACCUUUUCAGCCUGAAUUAAACGACCUCCUCUAUUGUAAAGUCUCGGAAAAUUGGCCAGAAACUCGAAGAAACCUUUUUGCUUUGAAAGAUAUCUUUAAAAAGACACUUAAACAGGUCUUUGCACAUGAAAAGGAUCUAUACUCACUUGCUAAAGAAUGCGUUGAUUUAUGUCGUAUUCGGCCUCAUGUAAAAAGAGUUAGACCUAGAGUGGUUAUUAUCGGUCCCAGAGGUUGUGGAAGAAGGACCCAAGCCAGAUACCUGAACCAGACGUUGGGCUUGGUUAAUAUUAACUUUGAUUACAUCCUCUGUCAAGCUUGGACUUCUAGUAGCGAGCUAGGGACGAAGCUACGCCAGUGCCGUAAAGAAGUUUGCUUCCAUUCCGAGCUGUUAUGCCAAAUUGUCAAUAAAAGAGUCCUGGAGCAAGAUUGUAUUGAACACGGUUGGGUCCUAACCGGAUAUCCGUUUACUGAUGUUGAUUUUAAGUUCUUGGACUCGAUAGAAACACCUCCAAAUCGUGUAGUAAUAAUAGAUUGCGAUUUGAACGUGUGCAAAGAUCGUAUUCUGUACAGGAAGUUGAACGUUUACACCGGAUCUGUGACGAAAUUGGCACCAGAUAAUGCCAAAGAGGAUGAUCCUACUGGCAAGAAAAAAGUACUGCAGACGCAUCCUCGAGACGUGGAAGAUUUAAUAGACGCUGAGCAUCGGUUUUACUGCGAGAAUUAUGGCAGUAUCAAGAAAUAUUGCGGUGAAACCGUGAUGGUGGUGAACGGUGACCAGAGUGACAGGUGGGUUCACGAGACCAUCACUGCUCAUGUCGUAGGUGCAAAUCCACCAGGGUCGCCUAGAAAAGGAUUUGGUAAAGAGAUACCAGAUGUUUGCAGUUGUGAUUGUAUAAAUGUACCUGGUAAAGUAGCUAAAACUUAUAUGCUUACUGUGUAAUUUUAGAAAUUAUUCUGUAAUAAAUUUUUGAAAACAAUUUAUGUGUGUCUUUUAAUGUUUUUUAUAUAAAAAAUUAUGUGUU